GCGGGCAGUCGUUCGUGACUUUCUCACACCCAUCUUACCACACGGAUACGUGCUCCGGCCGGCCCGCUCCAACUUUUUAUACACUUUUGGAGCUCUUUAAAAACUUGACGCGUUUGUACACGGCACAAAAAAUGUUUGAUAAAACGAAUGAUAGAAUCAAAAGAACCCCCGUUUAUCGACAACCUGGUCAGGCUACAAUGGCAAACUUCUGACUUGCUCUGUGACAACGUACCCGGUUCGAAUCACGACAAGGACAGGCCAAGCAGAGAGGAACAGUUUCACACAGAGUCGAGAUGUUUAUAUGGUGCUGAGUGUCUCAAUGGUGGGGAGCUGCUAAGCUGCUCUGGCUAAUGCCAAGUUCCAAGUCGUAUCAAUCUUUAUUUGAUAAACCCCUGAACCCGGUGCUCGACGUGACACUGUGACGUCUGUGUUGACUGCAUACAAGCAGCAGCUUGUUUAGUCAGACACAGAUCCAAGUUUUACUUCAAGACAGGAAUAUCUGCUGGAUAGUUCAUCAAAUACAUAUCGUAAGGACAUUCCGUUGUAACAUAUACAGUCCAACAUACACGCAUUUAACGGACAGGCUACCAAACAAAGAUUUAGCCGGACAGUCCGUCAUAAAAGCCGACAUCUGAGAGUCCGUCACACACAUCCACACCGGAAGUCCAUCGAGCCAUCUGGUGAGGGUCCAAGAUGAACGAGCACGCCUACUUCCACUGGGACCUCUUGAGGCAGCCCCUACAGACCCCACAGUUCGGCAUGGGGGCCUCGUUCUUCGACGUCAACAGCAUCUUGGAGCUCCGUAAAGAGAAGUCACGUGACGCGGCACGCUCUAGACGAGGGAAAGAGAACUACGAGUUCUACGAGCUGGCCAAGUUGCUUCCCCUGCCAGCCGCCAUCACCAGUCAGCUGGACAAGGCCUCCAUCAUCCGGCUGACCAUCAGCUACCUCAAGCUUCGAGAUUUUUCUAGUCAAGGUGACCCACAGUGGACUCAAGAUGGCGGGCCUGUCCACAGCAAGAUCAAUAAAGCUCAUUCCUCCCGUCUGGAUAUUGCUGACCCGUUUGAGUCGCGCCAAGGGACCCACAUAUUACAGUCUUUGGACGGCUUCGCUUUUAUCCUGGCCAACGAUGGACGGUUCCUGUACAUCUCAGAGACGGUCUCCAUCUACCUGGGCCUUUCACAGGUCGAGAUGGCCGGGUCCAGCAUAUUCGAAUACGUCCACCCACAGGACCACACUGAGCUGGCUGAGCACUUGGGCAUGUGUGUUGUCUCAGUGGGUCCAUCAGGCAGCCCCGCUGGGUCAGGUUCUGAGGACGGGUCAUCACCCACUACAGCAAGACCCAGCUCACCCUCUGAGAAAGGCUACAUGAUGGUACCAGGCUCAGACAAGAACAUCCACAAGUCCUUCUCCCUCAGGAUGAAGUCAACCCUGACCAAACGAGGCGUCCAUGUCAAGACUUCCGGCUACAGGGUUGUUCACAUUCUGGGCACUGUGCGGCCCCAGACAGCUUACGGCCAGUCCAGGGCCGGGGCCCCCAACCCACUCAACAAAACCAGCACGGACCCCCCUCUCCUGGGGCUGGUGGGGAUGGCCAUCGCCCUGCCCCCUCCCACCAUCACGGAGCUGCGGCUAGAGCUGGACACGUUCAUCACACGACUCAGUCCGGACUUCAAGGUCAUCUACUGCGAGCCCAUAAUAUCUGACCUGAUGGAUCUAUCAGUUGAUGACGUCACAGACCGGCUGCUAUAUGACUUGUGUCACGCCGCUGACCUGAAGAGCCUAAAAAGGUCACACGAAGAUAUUCUAAACAAGGGCCAGGCACUCACUGACUACUACCGUCUGAUCAACAAACAUGGCGGCUUCGUGUGGGUGCAGACGUGUGCCACUACCCUGCUUAACAACAAGAACUCAGACGACCAGAGUAUACUGGCCAUCAAUUACGUCGUUAGUGGGGUUGAAAGCAAAAGCUCGGCAGUUGACCUGUGGCAGGUGACCGGUGACGUCAACUCAGCUCAGAGCAGCUGUUCCAACAGCCGGAGCAGGGAGGAGAAACUCAAAGAGCUCAAGUUGAACCCAACCUUGCCGUCUGACGCCGGCGGGAAGUUAAAGCGAAAUCUCUCACCCAGUGCGGCGCCCCACAGCCCCACCACCGCCCCCAAAGCUGACCGCACCAACGUCAUCAGAACGGCCGCACUGAGGUCCAGCACCACGGAGACCAAACCAGCAGACGUGGCUUCUGACGACGUCGAUGACGUCAUCAGCGAGAAGAGCACGUCCGUGCUAGACAGUAAAAACAAGCGCCGCAAGAUGGACAACCCCCGGAAACGGAAGCGCAGCAACAGCGACUGCGCAGAGCCGAGCGACAAGGCGCUGAACCUGACGAGAACUGGGGGCGUUAAACCAGCCAUUACAGACACGUCAUCAAACGUGAUGACGUCAGGUCAACUCACGGACGGCUCGCUGACAGAGCGCAGAGGGCCGGGGGUCUCGACGUUUUCUUUACACCCUGAUCACGUGACCUCCUCCUCCCCCGAGGACUUGUCCAUGAAACGCACGAGCUCCGAUAGGAACAUCAUCCAGCAUUCGUCCAGUCUGUUCCCGGGGGUCGCCUCCCCCACCAGUCUAUUCCCCGGGCCCACCUCCCCCAACAGCUUGAAGAAACCCAUGCUCGAUAAAGACCCCACCUCCAUCGCCGGUAGCUCAGUACAAGAACUUGAAGCUGCCAUGAACCGGCAUUUGCCGGCUUUGACUACCGUAGCGGACACCUCUCUUCCGGCCGACGGUCACAGUUUGACCAACCCACUGACCACAUCGUCAGCCAAAUCUUUUGCCGGCUCUGGAAUCUCAUCCAGCGUGGCGCCCACGCCCUCCUGGGGCCAGAAGCCCCCCGGGGCGGACAUGCUGACGGCGUCCAACUUCCUGCGGAGCCUGUACGCCAACAGAGAGUCGGUCAUCAAGACCAGCUCCAGGGCCCAGACCCAGUUCCUCAACCCAGACCCACCCACCAGUCUCCUGACCCCGCCGGAACCAGACCCUAGCACCUACAAAGACUCCACGAACACUUACCCUUAUGCUAAAUCCGACCCCUUUAACUACGACAAAAGCUCAGGGUUCGAAUCCAGGGAACAGCUGUACAGAGACCAAGUCCACAAAGAGCAGUUUUCGUUUCUCCCGUACAAAGACCACAUCCAGUCGGCGUACAUCGACCACAUCUCCUCCACCUACAAAGAGCACCUGAGCUCCCCCUACCGGGACAUCAUCCCCACCUUCAACAUCCCCAGCUUGAUGAGCCCCUCGGGCCGCAUGCACCAAGCCUACUCGACCCUGCCCCACCACUUCCCAGUGCCCAUCACCACGGCAACCAUGGACGCGUGCAGCAUGACGCCGCCAUCUUCAAACUCCCCGGAUGUUAGCAAGCAACAACCCGCCUACGACACCAGCGGGUACUCACACGACACGACACACACGUGCAGCCUCACACAGAAACAAAUGAGCUCACAGCCCGCCAGCCACUACCAUAGUUCAAGGUCAUCCAAAGACCAGCUCUACCACGCCGUCAACGGCGCUGACCUUGGGAGGGGCGGCUACUACGGCAUGACGACCCCAGGGGUCUCCUCCAUGUACAUGGAUUUGAACCAGACGACGCCAGUGACAGGGCAGUACGAGUCGUGUACCCGACCUGUUCUACCCUGGUACUAGACACACAAAGAUAACUAUAGACCGACACCCAUAGACACACACAUAGACAUCCACAUACAGACACCCACAUACAGACACCCACACACACACAUAGACACACACAUAGACACACACAUAGACACACACAGACAUCCACACACAGACACCCACACACAGACACCCACACACACACAUAGACACACACAUAGACACACACACACACCUACCCACAGACACACACACACACACAGACACCCACCCACACCCACACCAACAGGCACCCACUGCACCAACAGCAGCACCAAUAUAUCGUCUGCUUGUAAAAACUGUCCUCUGGAAAUCUAAAUUUCCCGCCACAGAAAUAUCCCACAAUCUCUAUAGUAGCACCCCGUACAAAGUUGACACAAACAAUCCAUUGAUAAAAUAAACUUCACGGAAGUAAAACAUUUAAUUGUGUGAAAGCAAGGGUGUAUUGCUAGACAAAGGUAGAUAACCGAGAAAUAUCCGACAAGUCUGUGUUCAACUCGGGGUUAUGUCUCUUAUCUGUGCCAUAAAAACAAUAAAAAAUGACGUGAAAUGACACAGCUUAUAUUUUAACGUGUGAGAAUUCAUACAUUUCAUGGACGUCUGCACAUUUUUACUGACUUUUCUGUCCCUUAGUGUGUACGCACUUUAUAAACUCAGGACCAGCAGGCAGGAACAGACAAUUUGUUCGUUAUUUAUUCUGAUUGUUUCCCUUAGUUGUGUACCAUAACUCUUUCUACCCUGACCGGGAGGUGAUAGCUGAGUUACUGUUCGUGAUGACGGCACAGCGGCAUACGUGACACACUAGUGACGACGUGUGACGCUGUCAAUCACACUGUCACAAAAGUGACACGGUGACACAUACAUGUACAGUUGUUGUAAUUGAAACCAUGUACAAUUUAUUUAUUGUAAUAAAUGAAACUUGAACAUAUUCAA